AUGAAACGCUCCGAAUUUGAGUUCCCCGCAACCAUUUCUUCCAGUGAUGUGGCCGACGACGUCGUUUUCUGCGGCAAAGUCAUAACACGCCGAACCGAACCCGGUCCAGCUCCGCAACGCGAUAGCGAAACACGGGUUUUGUUGAGGUCCGAGUCUUCGGGUCGGACCAACCGCUUCUCUGCGUUUCUCCGGUCGCCUUCCGGGAGGGAAUUCCGGUGCCGGAGAAGCGAGAGCUGCCGGAAACGUUACAACGGAAUGUUUGGGACGGUGAAGUUUCCGCUGCAAAUGGAACUGAGUGACAUUAAGACAAGACGGGAGCGGAGGGAAGCUCUUCCGCCACCCCCGCCGGUGUUAACGGCGAAGGACGACGGCGACGGUAGAGAAAGUUGCUGGGAACUUGUUCGGCCGUUGAGGCGACGGGGAAUGCUUAAGAACGCUUUAUUUACUUGCCUUCCCAUUGUUUAG